AUGUUCUCUGCUGCCGUCACCCGCGCUGCUACGCAGGCGCCUUCGGUCGUCGCCCGCCGCGGCUUCCACGCGACCCGUUCCCAGAUGUCUUCGCCCUUCCACUACCCCGAGGGUCCCAGAUCCAACAUCCCCUUCAACCCCAAGUCCAAGGUGUUCCCCUUCAUCUUCUGGGGCUUCAUGGGCGCCGGUUUCGGUAUUCCCUUCGGCAUUGCUGCCUGGAAGCAGAGCAAGGCCCCGGAGGCAUAA